AUGGAUGACACCAUUCGAACAGUGGCGAAAGAAACUCUGGGGGUGUCAUCAGGGAAACCAAAAGUGUAUAAAGAGUCAUGGUGGUGUAACGAUGAAGUGCAAAAGAAGAUAAUGGACAAAAACGAGAGAUUUAAAGAACUUAUAACAUGCAUGGAAGAGGAGGUUAGGACACAAAAGAGAGAGAGCUACAAGGAAGCAAAGCGAGCGGCAAGGAAAGCAGUAGCAGAGGAAAAAAAUUCGGAGCCAAAAAAGGGGGAUAGCCAAACUACCGACGUCCAUGGAACGUAUGACGAUUGGUCAACAAGUGAUAUUACUACUAAGGAAGUAGGAGAAUCACUCAAAAAUAUGGGGAGAACAAAGGCAGUUGGACCAGAUAACAUCUCGAUUGAGAGGAAUCAUAUUUCUAAGCCACACAAUGAAAUUGUGGAAAGAGUGAUAGAGAGGAGAAUCAGACAAGAGACGGUGAUCAGAGAGAACCAAUUCGCUUUCAUGCUAGGAAGGUCAACUACUAAGGUUAUUUCAUGUUUUGAGGAGAUUGAUGGAAAAAUAUAA